AUGAUCGUUUCAGGUCCCUCGACUUCGUUAGCCUGUGCUCUGGCAACUGACAAUCAAUUUGGAGGGAAAGAACUACUCUCCUUUGUAUUUAGUACUGUAUUAACUUAUAUGGUUCCAUGUAUUCUACUUGUAUUUAUCAAUUCAAUUAUUCUGAUUAAAUUAAUUAGUGUUAAAACACGUCGACGUAUACUUUGUAAAAGAGAACAUACAAAUGCACACUUGAUCAAUUGGACUAGCAAUGGAAAGUCAACUAUUACACCACAGAGUGAUCCAACAUCACCGACUAAAGCGUUAACAUCUGCACUGGCUACAAUGCUAUUAAAGCGUCGAAGACAUACUAUUCUAGAAGAUCGUAAAGAACUUGGACGAGUUGUAGCCUUGUUAUUAUUAUCAUGUUUUUAUUUAUGCUUUACAUUUCCAGUGAGUAUAAGUCUGACAAUACGUGCUAGUUUAAAUGAUCAACAUGACAAAUGUGUACAUACACUUUAUGCACAUUUAUCAAGACUAUUGACAUCUAUAAAAGAUAUUAAUUAUGCACUGAAUGGUUAUACAUAUGCACUAUUUUUUCAAUUUUAUCGUCAUAAAUUACUAAAGUUUAUUACCUGUAAAUUUACUACUUCUGCUAAUAAUAAAAUAAUACUUACUAUACUCGUCGUGAUGGAAAUACAGCCACUGGUUCAAGGAAUAAUAGACGCAAAUCGUCAUCGACCACGUGAACAAUUAACGCCGGAAUCUGUUUUAAAGUGA